AUGUCUGGAAACAACGAAAGAUGGUCUAACUCUAGGCCAGUUUCUGUUCCUAAUCGAAGUGGAAGUGCUCCUCCGAGCAUGGAGGGGUCUUUUCUAGCUGUUGAUAAUCUCUUGUCACGACAGGGAGGGUCGGGUUACAACAACUCGAAGCUUCCGAGUGAUCCUGUGACCACUCAUCCCUCUUAUUCGUCUAAGCACAACCUUAAGCGCAUACCUUCUCCCCCUGUUUAUUACCCUACUGAGUAUCAGAUGAUAGACAAUCGUGUAGGUAGAUUUAGAAGUAACCGGGGAUUGAAUAAAGCUAAUUCUCCCAUUCAUUUGUCUCAAGGCACACUUUCUACUCACAAGGAAGUGUCUGAGGAUGAAAGCUCUCAACAGCAAUCUGUUAAUAGUGUUUCAGAUAGGACACCUGUUUCUCAAGGUUUGGAAGAUUCCAGGCAGGAUGAUAGUUCUUCUGCGCCAACCCCUCAACAUAGUCGGUCUAACUCUUCGAAUGGCGAAAUGAACACGGCGGAUGAGAGUGGUAACUUCUCGGAGAUAUCAGAUGAUGCCAUGGUUAAAGAUAAUGCUGCUUCAAUGAUUAAAGCUUCCAUUGGCAUCGAAAAGAAUGCCGAUGAAUCGGCUAUCAUCUCUAAGAUGAAGAACGCUAACAUAUCUGGAUCCGGAACGGCUAAAUACCCUCGAGAACCAAGGUACGCAAGGCCAGAAAGGCAGGUGUAUCAACAGCAAAAUAGCGUAACAUGGGUUCAAGGUGGUAGCAAAAUGGGUUCUCAUGGUGUCAACGAUGCAGUCACAGGGACGGGUCAGUCCCACUAUGGUCAUCCUGUGCUUCAGUCUUCAGGUUUUACCCCGCCUCAGCUUUACGCGGCUAACCAAGCGGCCUAUGUGACUUCACCAGGUCAUGUCUAUAACAUGCAGUCUCCUGCUGUUUACUCUCCUCAAUAUGGUUAUGGACCAUACACUAACGUGAUCCCUCAGUAUGUACCUGGAUACCAUUCCCAUGGCUCUGUCCCGUUUAUCGUCGGUCCAGAGUUUGUUCCUCAGUUAUCUGGGCCAAGUGCGGCAAAUGUAGUCCACGGAGGUGAAAUGCAGUAUGCUGAGAAGUUCUAUGCUCCACCGGGACAACCUUCUUUUCAAGAUCCUAUGUAUAUGCAGUACAGUCAACAGUCGUUGGGGCAGAUGGACCCGAUGGCUCCUAGAGGGAACCACAAGAAUGCUAUUGAGCCUCAGAAAGAUGAGCAGAAGUUCGUGAGGCAGAUAAGAGGGCCGAGUAACUCGAAUAUGGGUAGAAUGGGAAUGAUGGGACUUGGUUAUUAUGGAGUCCAGCCAAAUAUGGGCGUUAUGGUUCAGUAUCUGCCUACACAGCUCGGUGCUCCUCUCUCACCGGGCUCUGUUCCCUAUGUCGAAACAUAUCCUGGAUGGCAGCCACAGGGGAGCUUGGAAGGUACCAAUGGCCCGAGAUUGUGCAAUUUUCUCGAAGAGCUGAAAUCUGGGAAAGGCAGGAGUGCGGAUCAACACGGGAGCAGAUUUAUUCAGCAAAAGCUUGAGAAUUGUAAUCCAGAAGAAAAAGCAGCUGUCUUUAGGGAAAUUCUUCCUCAUGCCUGCAAACUAAUGACUGAUGUGUUUGGCAAUUAUGUCAUUCAGAAGUUUUUCGAAUACGGAAACUCGUCACAGAGAAAGGAGCUCGCGGAUCAACUCAUGGGACAGAUAGUACCACUUAGUCUGCAGAUGUACGGAUGUCGCGUGAUACAAAAGGCUCUUGAUGUGAUAGAACCUGAUCAGAGAGUUCGUCUAGCACGUGAACUUGAUGGGCAGGUCUUGAGAUGUGUUCGAGACCAAAAUGGCAACCAUGUGAUCCAGAAAUGCAUCGAGAACAUCCCUGCAGACAGAGUUGGGUUCAUGCUAUCUGCAUUUCGUGGUCAAGUUUCCUCGCUCUCUACGCAUCCUUAUGGCUGCCGUGUCAUACAGAGACUUCUGGAGCGUUGCUCAAAUGAGCAUCACUGCCAGUUCAUUACCGAGGAGAUACUGGAAUCAGUAUGCGUCCUUUCCAAGGACCAAUAUGGCAACUACGUCACACAGCAUGUCUUGGAGAAAGGGACAUCUCAAGAACGAGAGAGGAUCGUGAGGAAACUAUCGGGGCACAUCGUGCAGCUUAGCCUGCAUAAAUUCGCAUCAAACGUUAUAGAGAAGUGUCUGGAGUAUGGUGGUCGAAUCGAGCGGGACAUCAUCAUCAAAGAGAUUGCAGGGCCCGACGAGAGCUAUGAUAGUCUAUUGAUGUUGAUGAAAGACCAGUAUGGCAACUAUGUGGUUCAGAAGAUAUUCGAGACGUGUACUGUUGAUCAGCGUGCGACAUUGUUCAGCCGAGUACGAAUGCACGCUUCGGCUUUGAAGAAGUAUACAUAUGGGAAACAUAUUGUUACUCGUUUGGAACAGCCUUUUGGUGAAGAAAGCCAAGAAGUGAGGCGAUGA